UUCCACUUUCUCGUGCCCGUGGAAUGUUUUCCCCAGGAGGAAUACCGAGCCUCGGGGAAGUUCCCGUAUCCAAGUAUGAAAAGCUGUGGCCUGGUAACGGCUGUAGCAGCAACAGCAGCUUUUUGGUAAACUAAAGUUACGAAAGAUGUCCCAGUUGUACUACAGGCGAACAGACAGCUCCUCCUACCGGGACCGCAUCCCGCUGAGGAUUGUGCGAGCCGAGUCAGAGCUGUCACCCCUAGAGAAGGCUUACCUCGGCGCUGUGGAGAAAGGAGACUAUGCUAGCGUUAAACAGGCCCUGGAGGAGGCGGAGAUCUACUUCAAGAUCAACAUUAACUGCAUUGACCCCCUGGGCCGGACGGCUCUGCUGAUCGCCAUCGAGAACGAGAACCUGGAGAUCAUUGAGCUCCUGCUGAGCUUCAAUGUAUACGUAGGGGACGCCCUACUGCACGCCAUCCGCAAGGAAGUGGUGGGAGCCGUGGAGCUGUUGCUCAACCACAAGAAGCCCAGCGGAGGCAUGCAGGUUCCCCCCAUCCUACUCGACAAGCAGUUCUCCGACUUCACCCCGGACAUCACUCCCAUUAUCUUGGCCGCGCACACCAACAACUACGAAAUCAUCAAGCUCCUGGUCCAGAAAGGUGUUUCUGUGCCGCAGCCACACGAGGUGCGCUGCAACUGUGUGGAGUGUGUGUCCAGCUCGGACGUGGACAGCCUGCGGCACUCACGCUCGCGCCUCAACAUCUACAAGGCUCUGUCCAGCCCCUCGCUAAUUGCCCUCUCCAGCGAGGACCCCUUCCUCACCGCUUUCAGGCUCAGCUGGGAACUCCAGGAGCUCAGCAAGGUGGAGAACGAGUUCAAGUCCGAGUACGAGGAGCUGUCCCAGCAGUGCAAGCAGUUCGCCAAGGAUCUCCUGGACCAGACCAGGAGCUCCAGGGAGCUGGAGCUGAUCCUUAAUUUCAGAGACGACAUCAAUUUGCUGGAAGAGGAGAGCAACAAUGACCUGGCCAGGCUCAAACUAGCCAUCAAGUAUUACCAGAAAGAGUUUGUUGCCCAGCCCAACUGCCAGCAGCUCUUGGCAUCCAGGUGGUAUGAUGAGUUCCCCGGCUGGAGGCGGCGCCACUGGGCAGGAAAGUUCCUUACCUGUGUCUUCAUCGGGCUCCUCUUCCCCGUCUUCGCCCUCUGCUACCUCAUCACCCCCAAGAGCCGCUAUGGCCACUUCAUCCGCAAGCCCUUCAUCAAGUUCAUCUGCCACACGGCGUCUUACCUGACCUUCCUCUUCCUGCUGCUCCUCGCCUCGCAGCACAUUGUCACCACCGAGCCUGACAGGCAGGGCCCGGCGCCAACCACUGUGGAGUGGAUGAUUCUGCCCUGGGUGUUGGGAUUCAUCUGGACCGAGAUCAAGCAGAUGUGGGACGGUGGUUUCCAAGACUAUAUCCACGACUGGUGGAACCUGAUGGACUUCGUCAUGAACUCCCUCUACCUGGCCACUAUUUCCCUCAAAAUUGUAGCCUAUACUAAGUACAGCGGCUGUAAACCCAGGAACCAGUGGGAGAUGUGGCACCCUACGCUGGUAGCGGAGGCAGUGUUCGCUAUAGCCAACAUCUUCAGCUCUCUGCGACUCAUCUCGCUGUUCACAGCCAACUCUCACCUGGGGCCGCUGCAGAUCUCUCUUGGGAGAAUGCUGCUGGACAUCCUCAAGUUCCUCUUCAUCUACUGUCUGGUGCUGCUGGCUUUUGCUAAUGGGCUAAACCAGCUGUACUUCUACUACGAGACCAAGGCAGCAGAUGAAAGGGGCAAAUGCAAGGGCAUCCGCUGUGUGGAGCAGAACAACGCGUUCUCCACGUUGUUCGAGACCCUGCAGUCUCUCUUCUGGUCUAUCUUUGGGCUGAUCAGCCUGUACGUGACCAACGUAGACGCAGACCACCAGUUCACUGAGUUUGUCGGUGCCACCAUGUUCGGCACAUACAACAUCAUCUCACUGGUGGUGCUCCUCAACAUGCUCAUAGCCAUGAUGAACAACUCCUACCAGCACAUCGCUGACCACGCGGACAUCGAGUGGAAGUUUGCCAGGACCAAGCUGUGGAUGAGUUACUUCGAGGAGGGGGGGACCCUGCCGUCUCCGUUCAACAUCAUCCCCAGCCCCAAAUCAGCCUGGUACCUCAUGUGCUGGAUCAAGAGGCAGGUGUGCAAACGGACCCACUCCAAACGCCCUGAAACGUUUGGGACACUCGGCAGACGUGCAGCAGAGAACCUGAGGAUAAACCACCAGUAUCAGGAGGUACUGAGGAACCUGGUGAAGCGCUAUGUGGCCGCCAUGAUCAGAGAUGCCAAGACAGAGGAGGGCCUGACUGAAGAGAACUUCAAGGAGCUGAAACAAGACAUUUCCAGUUUCCGUUAUGAGGUGAUGGGCAUGAUGAAAAUCAGUAAGCCCUCCCUACAAGGGGCAAAGACCGGCGGGAGCUCAGGGGAGUCGAAUCUCGCCUACCCGAAUUCGGCGCUCAAGGUUUCCUCCUCGCCCUCCGACAGCCAAGUCAACAGCGGCAAACUCAACCUCCUCAACAUCACCACCUCCAUCCUCAAGCAGGGCGGUGCCACAGGCUCAACCGGGCUGGAGGCCUUCGGCGGGCUCGCUAAUGGGCUCAUGCCCCUGUCGUCUGACGAGGGCACCGGCGAAAAGUCGAGCCAGAGGAAAAACUUCCCCAAAGACAUCACUGACUUUGGCCUGUACCAGAAGCGCCAGCGGGGCAGACCAGGAGCUCUGGCGGGCAUAGCGGGGCCGUCCAGAAACAUGUACUCCCUGUCCGAGGAAACAAGGGAAUCCGAGGGCUCGGAUGUCAAGGAGCGGGAGGCGAGGGGCGGAGAGGAGAGACAGGAAGAUACGGGGACUGUAACGGGGACGAUGGCAGAGGAGGAGGAGGAGGAGGCGGUGGGGGCCGGGGCCGGGAGCAUUGAGGAGGACGGAGAAAAGGAGAUAGAGGAAGAGGAGAGAGAGAGCUUCCUCUACAGCCCGUCAGUAGCUGGGUCUCCCACUCCCGGGUCGAGUCGAGAGGAGACGUAG